AUGUCAACAUUCGACUUAACUUUACUCGACCCUCCUCGCUUGCCUUUGCCUGAGGCUCAGGCGUCUGUCGAGGCUGCGCCAAUGCUUGAGGAGCCAGCUUGGGAAAUUCCUAAGCCUGCGCCUGUCGUCAAAUCCGAGGGUGACUGCAUACUCUGCAUCUGGAAUGCACUGUUGCCAUCGGUCGGCAUACUUUUGGGCUCGCGUCCAGAGCUCCUCCAAGAGCGUCUGGAGGACAUUGAGUCGUGGCUCUGUGAGUGGGCGCAUUUUGAGGCCAAUGCGUGCAUCUGCACGCGCGAUGCGCUGAGUGCCGAGACAUUGCUCCCAAUCAGAGAUGAGGAGAAGGAGGACCUCCGAGAUCUGAACAAGUGGGUGGCAGUGGCAGUGGAAGAUGCUCGCACGGAUAAGGAGAAAGGGAAGGGAAAGGAGAGGGAGGAGAACCCAGACAUGGAAUGCACACCAAUGGUAGAGCCGACCACAGCUGAUGAUGCCGAUGACUCUGGCGAGUCUGAGGUUGAGGUCGCGGAGGUACCGAAGAAGGUGUGCCCUGCGCUCAGGCCAGUGAAGCCAUUGCCUGCAUGCCCUGUCGCUGGACCUUCAAGGGUUUGUGUGGACAAUUCGGAGCUCAAGUGCCUUCGCGCUGAUAACGAGCGUCUUCGGGUGGAGGUUGACAGGUUGUGCACCCCGCAGGAGGACUACAACCGUUUUGUGCAGAACCUUAAUUACCAGGCCCGCAAACAGCAACAGGAGCUCAUCACGAUGAGCAAUCGCCUUUACUCAUUUUCGGACAAAUGGAGGGUGAUGGGGCAGGAGAUGGACAACUUCAUUGUGGGGCAAGAGCGUGCAUGA